CGUAAAUUCUAAAUCUCUAUGUGUAAUGAUAAUAAUAAUACGUGAAAGCUUCAAUGAUUCUGUCAGCGAAGUACAAAAUGUAGAAAAUGUAUUUGAAUUGUUUAAAAAGUGUAAUAUAAACUACAGCAAUAUGGAUAACAGAGUUUUGCGAUCGGUACGACGUGAAAUGACACGGGAUGAGUGUAGAAAAUGUUUACGCUAUCUAGAAUUAGAUGCUUAUGGGAAUAUGGUAUCAGUCUUGCGUGCUCAAGGACCUUUAACUAGUAACAAACAAAGAUUGCUGCAAGAACUUACUAAAAUUCUUCAUAUUUCUAAUGAAAGGCAUCGUGCAGAAGUACGUAGAGCUGUUAAUGAUGAAAAACUCACGAUGAUAGCUGAGCAGUUAAAUGGACCAAAUACUGCUAUAGACUGGAUCAUGGAAGGCCGUCGUUCAACUCCACUUUUACCUAGAUUGAAAGCAAGAAAUGCUUUUACAAUGUUAGCAAACAGUCUAUCGCUUGCAACUUCGCGUGCUAAUGACAAUUGUCCGAUCGAAGAAAACAAGGAGAAAGAAAAAGAUAUACUAGAUGAAUCCAAGAAAUGUUUCAAAAUCGAAAAAAAAUCAACAAUUGAAGCAGGAUCAUGUAAUGCUCAAGCAACCAUCAACCGCAGAAAAAGGUCAAUACACGAAGCAAAUAAGGUACUAAAUAUUGACAUGGAUCAAGAAAGAAGGCCUAUAAAAAUCAAAUACCAAGAUAUUCAGCAAGUAAACACUACCAAGCAAGAUCUUUCCUCGUUCUCACCGCCACAUAAGGUCUUGGUGUUAUCUUCUAAUUCAUUGGAGACAUUGAACCAUGCUAAUGAGAAUGAAACAUCGAUUGAAACUAAUAUGGAGCAAAGUGAAACAACUAUUACAUCACAUCAAGGUGUUACUGUUAUCCCCUUAUCUAUGACAUGUGCAGGAUCUAGUCGAAUAGCACCUUCUAAGGAUGUACUGUCAGAGAGUACAAAUACUUUGGUAUCAGUUCAUUCAACUAUGAACUGUAGUACCAAAGUUACAACAUGUGCAACUAAUUCCACCAAGAACAAAGAUAAAACAACAGUACAAAAUAAGCAUAAUACAAAAUUAUCGAUGAAUACUGAAACAUUAGAUAGUUUACCACACAGAAAUAAUGAUACACAAUUAAAAAAUCAAGAUGUACAAUUAGCUCUAACUUCAAAACCUGAAGUAAUAAAUUCCAGUUCUUAUGUAAAAAAUGUACCUUCGACAGUCCAAUCUAAUGUAAAAACUGUUUCAUCUAUUAAAUCUGCUAUAUCAACUCCUGGAACUAUGGUAUCAAGCGGUCCUGGGCCACCUAGUGUUAAAUCUGUUGUAACAACUUUAGCAUGUAAAAAACUGCCAGUUGCGAUAAUCAAUCAAUCUACUGCUAAAAUGUGUGUGACACUAAAUUCUGAUAAAACUGUAAAUAUAACUAAUCAUCCUAAUACAAAAUUAACAACUAAGACUAAUGUAAUAGUAAUACAAAAAGGAAGUAACAAAGGCAUAAUGUUGUCUCAUGCAGGCAAGGAAGUAUUAGGCAAAGUAAUAAUGGGAGGAAAGAAAAUAUCCGUUGCUAACCAACAGAAUCCAAAUACUAUUAACAUUUUGCCAAAUUCUAUUAAUUUAGAUAAUGGCAGUCAAGCGUCAACAAUGUUAACAGCUACGCAUGUAGAUACUAUAAAAACAAAUAUAAAGGAAGGAGAUAGCAAUGAAGUGCAUUUAAAAGAUACUGGAUCUUCUUUGAAACCUAACAGUUCGAUUACUACAUUAGAAGAAACAGUAUGUAGAAAAUCUAUAGAAGUCUGCAAAAAAAUUCAUUCCCAAGUAGAAAAUACUAUGGAUCUUACAAAACUUAAAAGUAACGAAGAAGACCGUAUAAAUCAUAAGCAAUUUGCAGAUAUGCAAGAUAAUUCUUCAAAUAAUCUACAGAGAGAAGAUUCGAUGUGCGGUAUGGAAAUCAACACCAAUAUAUUUGAAAAUGGAUUCCAAUCGACUGACAUUAAUUUAGAAAAUUUUGAGUGCCUGGUUGAAAAUGGUGAUCAUAUCCCAGAAGAUAAAAAUAAUUCAAUAUCUGUUACUUAUGAAACAAACCCGAGUGAUUCGUAGUAGUAGAUUAAAAUCUAAAAAAUACAUUUUUUCAAUGCUAUAAUAAAAAAAAGGCUCAUGAUGAUUUAUAGUUUCAAAAACAUACAUUUUAUAUAAGAAUAUAUAUAUGUUCAAUUCGUAAAAUAUUUUAAUACUUAAAAAAAUGUAAUGUAUAUAUAUCGUACUUUCAGUCCAGUAAUUGUUAGAACAUAUGUGUGUGUGUGUCUAUAUAUAUAUAUAUAUGUAUAUAUAUAUAUAUAUAUAUAUAUAUAUAUAUUUAUAUAUACACACAUUGUUUUUUAAAUAUUCAAAUAAAUUAUUAAUCAUAAAACAAACUAAUUAUAAAAUAAGAUCAAGUAAAAAAUUGGACUGAUUUUUUAUAGCAAAAAGAAAUAAGCGCAAAUAAUUGUAAACAAAAUUAUUGUAAUUAUGCAAAACUAUUGUGAAUUGCAGUAGCUUUUUUUUUAUACAAAAGAGUGACACUCAAGUGCACGGAUCAAAAUAUUUAUAUCUUAUAAUAUAGUAUAUUCAAUGUUCAUUAAUAUACAUCAGUUUCUUAGUGUAAUUAUUAUUAUUAUUAUUAUUAUUAUUAUUAUUAUUAUUAUAUCAUUAUUAUUAUUAUAAAAACAAAUUGGUUGUGAUUAUUUUAUAUAAUUGUAAUGGAUACAAAAUGAUCUAAAAACACACAUGAACAUACACAGGUUUUUAAAAGUAAUCAUAUAUUUCAUAUUCACAUAAUUGUAUCAGAUGAAGUACCAUUCUUGUGUGUGUGAUCUUAAUAGUACAUCUUAUAUAAAAUUUUGGUUGUAAGAACCUGCCAUAUGCCAUGCAUAAAAUUAUAGCAGCAGUGCUGUAAAAAUAGUGUAAAGUGUAAAUAUGAAAUUUGAAAAAAAUGAUAUAUAACAAAAAAAUUAAAAUACUUCGUAAAAAUAAAGCAAACUAUAAAUAAGAAAA